UCUAACCUCACUAUUUACGAAAAACGAGGUUAAAUUGUUUACAACUGGUGAUGUUUUGUGAAAAUUGAAAAUAUAAUUGUAAAUAUUUAAAAAAUUAAUUAAAUUUGAAUCAUGACAAAGGAACAGAGAAAAAAACACAAGGUGAAGGUUUAUACAAAUAAACAGAAACCUAGUAAACCUGAAAUUGAAUAUAUUCAAGAGUUGCAAGCGAAGUAUAAUGAAAAGGUAGACUUGACGAAAAUCAAAUCAUUCAAAGAUUUUCCUUUGAGCUUUAAAACACUGAAGGGUCUCAAAAAUGCAGGUUAUAAAGUUCCAACUGAAAUUCAAAAGGAAACCAUAAUGUUGGCUCUUAGAGGCAACGACAUAUUAGGAGCUGCCCAAACAGGGUCAGGAAAAACGUUGGCAUUCUUGAUACCGAUGCUGGAGAAGUUAUUUUGUAAGCAAUGGACACAUCUUGACGGACUCGGGGCUUUAGUGAUCACGCCAACUAGAGAGUUGGCUCUCCAAAUCUUUGAAACCUUGAAAAAAAUUGGCGUCAACCACGACUUUUCUUGUGGGUUGAUAAUCGGAGGAAAAGAUCUUAAAUUUGAAAGCAAAAGGAUGGAUCAGUGUAAUAUUAUUAUUUGUACACCGGGUAGAUUAUUGCAACAUAUGGACGAAAAUCCACUUUUUGAUGCCUGCAAUUUACAGAUUUUGAUUCUGGAUGAGGCGGAUCGGUGCAUGGACAUGGGCUUCAAAGCGACUAUGAAUGCAAUUAUAGCAAAUUUGCCAUUGGAAAGGCAAACACUGCUGUUUUCUGCCACUCAAACUAAAUCCGUGAAAGAUUUAGCAAGGUUAAAUCUUAAAGAUCCCUCGUAUGUUGCAGUCCAUGAACACGCACAACAUAGCACUCCAGAUACGUUAGAACAAAGUUACGUUGUCUGUGAAUUGAAGGAUAAAGUGGCUAUAUUAUGGAGUUUCAUCAAGAACCAUUUGAAAAAAAAGUGUAUAAUUUUUUUGUCCACCUGCAAACAAGUAAAAUUCAUUUUUGAAAUAUUUUCAAAGAUGCGACCUGGGGUUCCCCUCAUGGCCUUAUACAGUCGUAUGCACCAAAUGAGGAGAAUAAAAAUUUACGAAGAGUUUUCAAAAAGGUCUUCGGCAAUACUCUUCGCUACAGAUAUAGUGGCAAGAGGUCUCGAUUUUCCGGAGGUACAUUGGGUAGUUCAAGUCGACUGUCCUGAAGAUGCAGAUACUUACAUACAUAGGGUAGGGAGAACGGCAAGGUUUCAUAAAGGGGGUGAAAGUUUACUUAUGCUGAUGCCCUCGGAAUUGGAGAUGUUGGAAGAGUUGAAGAAGAAAAAGAUACCGAUUAAUAAAAUAGAAAUAAACCCUACGAAACUCAACGAUCCCUUUCGGAAAAUGGAAACGUUUGUGGUGGGGAAUACGGCUCUACAAUACACCGCCAAAAGAGCUUUCGUGACAUACCUAAAAUCCAUUUACAUGAUGAAAAAGAGAAGGGACAUAUUCAACAUCGAAGCUUUGGACUACGACUCCUUCGCACAUUCUUACGGUUUAACUGAAACACCUCGCUUGUCGUUUUUGAAGGCAAAAAAAAAUAAAACAGACAAAACUACGGCAACAAAUCCGAAUAAAAUAGUUUUCGAUGAUGAUGGGAAUCCCGUUGGUGGAAACAACAAGAAACAACAAAGUGAAUCGGACAGUGAAACUGAAGGCGAAGAACAAACAGAUAAUGGUAAUGGAAAUUCCCAGCUUAUAUUCUUUGAAACCAAUAAAGACGUACCAGUGCCUGAAGAAGUCAUCCUGAAGGAUUUCGAAGUCGUUGCCACGAAAAAGAAACCGACCACCAAGGCAGCUAUAGCGAAGAAAUUGUUGAGCAAGAAGGCGGUGACCAACAAAAAAAUCAAAUUCGACGAAGAGGGUGAUCCGGUUGGGAAGGACCAGAAAUCCGAUCAGUCUUAUUGCACUGGAGAGGGUUUAGAUUUGGACAAAUUGGAGGUGGCGUUCAAGGAGAUGGACGAUUCGAAUAAACAAGUUUAUAGGGAGAAAGUGAAGGCUAAGCAUAAGGAACAGAAGAGAAAAUUGAAAGAACAGAAGAAGAAGGAGAGGGAGGAACAAAUCGACGACUUUGGGGAUAGCGAGUCGGAAGAGGAGGUCGAUUUGUCCUGGAUCCCCGAUCCCAAGAAAAUAUACGGUGAUGGCGAGGAGGACAAAGAGGAGAACGAUGAGGAUAAUCUGGGACAUUCGGAGGAAGAGACUGAAGUUGCGGAAGAAGAAGUAACAAAGAGCAUAGAGGUAUCCAAACCUAAAAAGAAGAAGAGGAAGUUGGAAGAACAGCCCGAGGAUGUACCGAAGAAGAAGCAUAAAAAAAUGGAUAGCUUCAAACAGAUGACCUCCGAAUUAUCAGUGAAUGAAGCAGAGGAGUUGGCCUUGAUGCUGUUGCAGAAAUAACCGUGUAAAUAUUUUUUGUAUAUUUAAAAAUAAAUUGUUAUAACAAAAUA